AGCCCCGGGAGUCGGUGCGGCCGCGCUCCGCGCCCAGCUCCGCGCCCGCGCGCCGCCGCGCGCAGCUCCGCGCGGCGCUCUGCGGCGGGCCGAGGGCCGCCACCGCCGGGACCGGCAGGAGCGCGCGGCCGCUGAGCCGGGCAGGGCUGGGCACGGCGCCUUUUGUCCCCGGAGACCCCUGGAAGUGUGCGGCGGGCGCGCGGAGGCGGCGGGCAGCCCCGACGUGGAGGAGCCCGCGCGCGGAGCCGCGCAUGGGCGCGGGCGCGGCGCGGGGGCGCGCUGGGCCGGCCCGGGCGUGCUGCUGGCGCUGGCGGCCGCGCUGCUGGCCGCGGGCUCGGCCAGCGAGUACGACUACGUGAGCUUCCAGUCGGACGUCGGCUCGUACCCGAGCGGCCGCUUCUACGCCAAGCCGCCGCAGUGCGUGGACAUCCCCGUGGACCUGCGGCUGUGCCACGGCGUGGGCUACAAGAGGAUGGUGCUGCCCAACCUGCUGGAGCACGAGACCAUGGCCGAGGUGAAGCAGCAGGCCAGCAGCUGGGUGCCCCUGCUCAACAAGAACUGCCACAUGGGCACGCAGGUCUUCCUCUGCUCGCUCUUCGCGCCUGUCUGCCUCGACCGGCCCAUCUACCCGUGCCGCUGGCUCUGCGAGGCCGUGCGCGACUCGUGCGAGCCGGUCAUGCAGUUCUUCGGCUUCUACUGGCCCGAGAUGCUCAAGUGCGACAAGUUCCCGGAGGGGGACGUCUGCAUCGCCAUGACCCCGCCCAACGCCACCGAAGCCUCCAAGCCCCCAGGCACCACGGUGUGUCCUCCGUGUGACAACGAGCUGAAGUCCGAGGCCAUAAUCGAGCAUCUCUGUGCCAGCGAGUUUGCCCUGAGGAUGAAAAUAAAGGAGGUGAAGAAGGAAAAUGGCGACAAGAAGAUCGUCCCCAAGAAGAAGAAGCCGCUGAAGCUGGGGCCCAUCAAGAAGAAGGAACUCAAGAAGCUCGUCCUGUACCUGAAGAACGGGGCCGACUGCCCGUGCCACCAGCUGGACAACCUCAGCCACCACUUCCUCAUCCUGGGCCGGAAGGUGAAGAGCCAGUACCUGCUGACGGCCAUCCACAGGUGGGACAAGAGAAACCAGGAGUUCAGAAACUUCAUGAAGAAGAUGAAGAACCACGAGUGCCCCACUUUUCAGUCUGUCUUUAAGUGAUGGCCUCGGGGCGGGGUGGGGGGGGAGCUGGGGGGUGGGGGGGGAGAGCGGACAGCCCUGGACCCAGCGGUCCCGCAGCACGCGUCUCGCUCCUGUGGUAGUGGACCCCGUAGUCCUGCUGGCUUUGUCCUUGCAGCCUUCUCACGCCCCUCCCUCCACAGCCACGCUCCGGGCCCCGGGCAGCCGCGCCCAGGGGAGGCCAGGGCCACUUAGGGUUAGGGAGGCGUUGAGCUCUCAGCACGUGGGGCCGAGGAGGUGCCAGACCAUCUCCGCCGGAGAUGCGGUCGCUAAGAAACAGAACCCCCUUUGCCAGCACGCCCACACGGGCAAGGAGGGCAGUGGGCAAAAAAUGAGAGCCGGCAGCAAAAAACUGAGUUUUGCAGCUUGUCGGAUGACCUGUCGGCUGAUGGGUGCCUUUGCACCCGGCCAGUUCUAACGGCUGGGGUGUCUCGUUCCAGAGUGGAUUCUCACCUGCUUAGACAGAAACAGACACACGCCACCCUUAGGCUUUAAGACGGAUUCCAGGAGGUGACAGGUGCAGGGGAGAAGAGUGCCGGGUGCAGAAUCUCAUGGUGCCUGCCAAGGGGCUGCAGAGGGGGUCCCUGCAGGCACUGCCCCCCGCCCCCCAACAGGACUGUCUUUGGACACGACUCGGCCAGUGUCAGAGAGGAAAGGAAGGCUCAGCGGGCGCGAGCAGGACCAUGACCUUCAGACUGAAAAGGCCAGGGAUAGUGGGUUUUUGAGAACAUAAAGAACGGGGGAAGAAAACCACUUUAGAACAGUCCAGGAAAUCGCGAGUCAGGGGGAACUGUGAAACGGGGUGGAGGGACCACCAUUCUCAUUUCAUCUGUUUGUUCAAUCAGCAUUUUUUAAAGAACAUCAACGGUAAAAAACAAACCACUUUUCAAGUUUUUUUUUUUUUUUUUUAAAGUCGACAUGGAGCAUUCGAGAGGUGCGCUAAGGCAAGGCCUCUCGGCCCGUUGUGGGCUGCUGUCUGGAGGUGCAGGCGGGAGGUGAGUGUGGCAGUGAGGCCUGUGGCCCUCCGCCCAGCCGGUCCCGCUUGCCGGCCCUGGGCGCCAGCACCGUGCCGACAGGGCUCGCCCGCUCCCCUGUGGAGAAGGAGUCCUUUAAACUUGGGUUCCUGGAGAUCAGCCUGCCUGCCUGCCUGUCCUCUGCACUUUUUACAUUUUCUUUUUUUCAUUUCUGCAGAGGGAAAGUUGUUUCCAUCCAAGGAGAGAGUUUCAAAAGCAAAACAACUUUGCAGUUUUUUUUCCCCAAGUGCCCUAAGAUAUUUCUGAAAGCCCUCAUGUUUGGCAAGGGAUGUAUGUGAGCCAGUUCGCGUAGACAACUUUACUUUUCUUGUCCGGUGUGUAGGAAGUCAUUCUAAAAAAAAUGAAUGUUAAUUUCUUCCCCCUAAGCCGGAUGCAUGAUUCCCGGUAACGCCGCCGGGGCCUUGGUGACUGCCUCUCUUGGCGAACGUCCGUGCCCAACCCGGACGCUGCCGCGGGGGCUGCGGCCUGCCCCUGCCCACGGCCAAGCCUGACGUGGAAACCGUGGGGUAUCGGCGUGCCAACCUGGUCACCCUCCCCACGGUUAUCCUGGUGUAACUAACCUUUCUCAAUUAGUGAUCCCAUCAUUUAACACCUUUUAUUUGGGUGGGGGGAGGGCGCGGUUCUCUCUGGCCUUGAAUCGGAAAGUGUUGGGGGCCUUCAGUAAUUUGCCUGUCAUUUUGGAUGAUUAAGGAAUGUGUGUAUAUAUAUGUAUAUACAUAUUAGCUAAUUAGAAAUAUUCUGCUUUCCUGCUGUCAAACCGAAAUUCAGAGUGAUUUCAUGCGUGUGUGGACCUGGGCCUUCGUUUCGGUUGGUUGACUCACGAGUUUGGCGCUUGCCUUGCUGCCCGUUUGGACCCAGCGGCUCGGGCGACGGGGCCCUGGCAGCCGGUUUGCUGGGGCACUAGCAGUUACCGCGGAGGGCAGAAGAGGGUGGCCUCCCUCGCCUUGGGAAGCCGCGUUUCAGAGAGCCGAGAGCGAGUGGGAAACUCGAGCUGCCGCUGCGGGUGCCGGGCAGCCUCAGAGUCCCCGGCCUGGGGGCCUCACCCAAGGGCUCCGAAGAUUUUGGACACACGCCGACUGUGUCUGCAUCCCCUCCCCAACCUCAGGACCAGAAGGGCUGCUUAUCUGUGGGCCCCGCGCUGCAGUAUCACAGACUUCUGUUUUUGUCAACAGAAGGACGUAACGAAGCCAACGUGCGUGCCCAUUGGCUUGGACGUUGGUCUCCAAAAGAGGAGGAGGUCUGUGUCUGAUUGGGUAAUCGUUGCCGGUGCAAAGGUCAGAUUCGUGAAGCUUUAAAGUGAUCACUCUGGACAGAGACCUGCGGGGCCGUCGGCAGAACUCAGCUAAAUCUUUUUUGAGGCACGUUCGUAGUUAUCUUAGGAGACAGAACGCUGAGUGAGAAUUCGGGGAACAAUCUGUUUUUACAACACCCCGUGCAGCGGUUGGCUCCCGAUCGAUGUGAGCCUGUGGCUCCGCUCCAGGUUCUCCUAGAGGCGGAGACCAGGCCGAGCCGGCUCCCCUGGCCUGUAAGCCGCGGCCCCCUCCCCGCCCCGAACCCGCUUUGCUCCAGCGACUCCAGGAACUCUUGCUCGGCGGUUGCAGCCUCACCGGCGAGCCGGCCCGGGCGGGCCAUUUCGGGAGAGCACCCCGGGCGGCUCCCAGGACAACACGCCGCCCACCCGCCCGCACCUGCCCCGCGGACGCCAGGACCUAGACGACAUUCCUGUUCCCCCAGUUCCUUCGGGUGGGACGCCUCUUUUCCUGUCUAAAUCUCUUACGAAAGCUUGGAAUACUGUGAAAAUGUUUUACAUUCCACUUCCUCUGUGUUUGUUUUGAAUGCAGCUUACCUGAUGUUUUGAUGUUAUCACUUAUGUUAACGGGAACCCCCGUGCGUGUUCACUUUAUUUUCAUGCUUCUCCUGCCGCGUAUCAAUAUUCACUUGACUAAAAAUCACUCAAUUAAUCAAU